UUAAUUUAAUUACUAGAUUUAGUAUUCCAAUUUCUAAUUCUAAUUUAUUGAUUGGAAAUGUAAUUUUAAUUGAAAAUGAAAAUAAUGAUGGUUCUGAUAUUGCCUAUGUUUCAAUUUCAUAUCAAAUUCAUCAAGUUAAUGUUAAUACAGGAAAGAUUGUAUCCAGUGUUUCGUAUAUUAAUGAUAUUCCAGAUCCAGAUAAUAGUUAUUUACAUUUGGGUUAUAUGGGAAUUUCUGGUUACUUGUCUGUACUUUCCUACUCAAUUAGUUCACAUUCGUAUAGUUUAACUUCAGCAGCCAUGGACAAACAAGUGGUUGGACAAGUAUUACCACUUACAGAUUUCACAGAAUGUUCACUUCCAAUGGGUAAAUUAGAUAUGGCAAUUGCUGACAGAUACUUUUUCAAACAUCAAUUAAUUUGCUCAAAUUAUACGAAUGGAAAUAAGAAUAGUGGAAUUUAUUUCACAUCUUACAGUGGUGGAGCUGCACGUGUUGGACAAACUCCAAAACUUGGAAAGCCAUAUAUUCACUAUCAAGUUCAAAAGGAUAAUAUUGUGAAUGGAAAUUUACCUUAUUUGGGACCAUUAGUUUCUGUUUCGAAUGAUCAUUCAGUUGUUUUGGUUACUAAUCAAAAUAAUUUCCAAUUAAUUGAUUACAUGAACUCUGCAAUUGUUGGAACUAUUCCAAAAAGCAAUUUAUUUCCACAAUUUGCUGUUUAUUCAUUGAAAAAUAACAUGUUAUACCACUGUACAAAUGAUUUGAAUUGUCAAUCUGUUAAAAUAUCUCAAUAA